AUGGCAGAUAUGUCUCUUCCACCACCACCAGCGGUAGUGUCUCUAACCCAGGGCUACUCCGCACAUCCCAUCCUUCCCGCCGAUGUCCCAGAAAUAGCAGAAUUCCUUUGCGCCUCGAAGCUCAGUCUCGCCGUCAACAGGCUCCUGUACAAGGACUGGCCGGCCUUCAACGUCCAGAAGGCGCACUACACCGCAGCCUUGCGAGGGCGCGACCCAAACAACAAUGGGUGGAAAGUUGUCGAGGACGAAAGUGGUGUUGCUGUCGGGCAUUUAUUCUUGACGAAAUCCGACCCAUCAAGUCGCACGGACGGGAGCGGUGAUGCGGGCGGGACAGAGAGCGAGGACAAGGUUGCAGCAAGUGCAGGAGAGGUUCCAGGCGGCAUGGUGCCCGAGGUAUACAGGAUGGUGAUGGAGACGGUGAAGAACGUCGACGAGCAGAGUGCACUUGCGAAUGUUGAGCAUCUUCGACUCACGCACAUCUGGGUCACGCCCUCGCACCGUGGCCGUGGCAUCGGAACGAGUCUUAUAACGCUUUGCCAGAACAAAGCGAGGGAAACAUCUGGUGACGGUCGGCCAUUGUUCGUUUCAUGUGAGCCACAGCUCGAGCCUUUCCUAUCCGGCAAGUGUGGGUUUCAGCAUACCGGGCACGCGGAUAUGGAUCUUGCCAGCCACGCCCCGGUGUACUCGGGGUUCGGACCGUUCAGAUUGUUUGGGCUGAGGUGGGAUGCACCAAAGGAUGUGAACUAGGCUGUCCUUGCGUUGCAUGCCACGAAUCAGUGGCCAGAGCUUGUCUCCAACCGUUCAAAGGGCCGAAUCCACUGCUGGUCCGCAGAUGGAUAGUAUCUUGAGCGGCAUGGCUGCUGCAUAAAACAGUGCCUUUUGCUCGCGCAUGGGCUUUGCCUCGAAGCGGACUUCUGUGGUCGUGAAACCGAAUCGGUCUAUGAUGCGGAGUUAGUUUUGCACCAAUGCGUGUAGAUAUCUUCUAGCUAGCCAACAAGCAAACAUACUGCACUCUGAC